AUGAGCCAUGAUGAUGGCUUCGGGUGGAUCCAAGAAAUCCAAGGAACACCUGGGAAUGACGACGGCCUCGAUCCAUUGACUAAGGACCUGGAUAUACACGAGCUCCACGCGCACCUGCAGAAAACUUUCGCUGGGGACCCCGAGAGGGUGAAGGAGUGGUACAAGACGGAAGGAUUCUUGUGUGGCUACCCGCUCCUACCACGCCACAAGCAGCAGCUAAGCGAGGAAGAAGCUGCAGCCCGUUUCCUCGAGGUUUUCGGCCCGCUUGCGGCACGCUGGGCUGCGAUUGGUCUCGUCUCGGAGGCCUUUGCCACGAGCAGCCAGAUUUUGACGAAUCGCGAUAGGUGGGGUGCAGCAGUGGCAGUCAUAAGGUAUAUUGACGGCCAGAAUGGAAACUGCAUGUGGCGGAACCGUUGGGCCAAGCAGGCACGUGGCACAGUUCUCUUCGCGAAUCCGGAGGACAUGUGUGAUGUGAGAGUACUGAGCUUCAAGCUCCCUCGUGGGGCAGAGGUCAAGACUUUCCUUCACACUGAACGGGGCGUGGCAGAGACGCAGGACUUUGUCGGAAAUGCAUAUGACCAUCUGGAUGAUUGGACCAUUAAGACUUGCGACUGUCUCCGGAUGGGAGGCAAGAUAAAGGGUCACCUCUCAUUCAAGGGUGAUGGAUCUCUCAUGACCUUCACGCUGGCGACAGGAAGGGCGGCACAGCUGUGGCUGCCGAUUCUGGAGUUGUGGGGAGGCCCUUGGGUCAGAGCAUGGAACGACCUGUGCCGCAGCGUUUGUGCCGAGGAUGGUGUGUCGGAGGCCCUAGUCUUGGUUCCAGCAAGCAACGGGGUGGCAAUGAUGGACGAUUUCAUGGUCAGCUACCUGACUACCGGACUCCUUGUGGGCACCGGUGCAUGCACCCGCGAUGCGUUGCUUGAGUUUGAGCGUCAGGGUGGGACAGCCGUCGAUGCGCUGUGGCAGCAUGGCGCCGAGUUCGUCCGAAGCCUUGUUCGCUUCCGCCUGGGAGGAGCUUUUGCUUUGGAGGAGACCGUUACCCUGUCCUUCGAGGUGAUGGUCGCGCACCUGAGGGGUCUCUUCGGCGACCGCUACCACUCCGAGUUGGCCGUGAGCUACGACCGCGACCGUGCAGUGUUUCUGGGCGCCAGCUGUGCAUCCCUCCAGUUCUACCCGCACUACUUCUUUGAGAACCCCUUCGAGGAGCCUCUCUACUGGCCAGUUUCGCACAGCGAGGAUGUAGCCAAGAUGCUGACGGCACUGGAGAAGCUUGCCAGGACAGAGAUCACCAAAGAGGAGUUCCUGGCAGACUGCCCACCGGCUUCAAACAAGACUUGUGGGGAUGCCAUCAUCGACUACGAAGGCUGGGUCUUUCACGUGAGUUUGGGACCCUGGGAUGGAAACCUCGAAGCGGCCCCCGCAGAGAGCACUCCGGGCACGCUGGGCACUUUGUAUACGAAGAUCAAGACGCCACUCUACUACCUCUUCCACAAGACCCCGAAGAGCCCUCGUGGCCUCCAAGAGAGUUUGGAGGUCGCCCCGUUGGUCCAGCAGAAUUUCCCCAAGGCCAAGCGACUCCUCGAGGUCUUCGCUGCUGGAGCUUUGCAGCUCCGCAUGGGGAGGAUCAUGGACCAGGUCAGGCGCUUAUUUGAUUUCCGCGACCCGGAGAAUGCCCUCCUUGCCCACAUGAGGGCGGCAGACAGAGGUGCCAAGAGCCCCUUGCAGGGCUUCGAGGGCCGGGACCGCGAGGUGCAGUGCAAGAUCGCCAUCAACGCAAAGACGAGUCCAUUCCCCGACCUGCUCAUGGCCUUCUUUGCGGAGGAGUUCUCCUUUGUGAAAGGCGAGGAUCGGGAGCUGAAGGUGGCUUUGAAAGGUAUGAUCAUGAAGAUGCAGCCCUGGGCUCUCUUGCCAAGAGCCUACGAUCCAAGUGAUCCGCUCUUUGAGCCUCUGAUUGUCUUGGUGCAGCGCGAGCAGAGCCGCGCGCGGUCGCGGGAGCAGCUGGAGGAGGCCAAAGCCGCGGGAGACGACGAUGGUGUCAAGCGGCAUGUUGCAAGGUUAGUCAAGGCGACGCCGCGGCAUAACGACGAAGCGAUGCAGCUGUUGCGACUCAUGGGCGUGCCUGCGGUGCAAGCACCUGGCGAGGCUGAGGCACUCUGUGCAGAGCUUGCCACGACUGGCCAUGCCCAUGCAGCAGCUACGGAGGAUUUCGACGCCUUGGUCUUUGGGGCACCGAGACUCCUGAGGAACCUCCAUCGAGCCGCAGCCUCGCCUCAGAUUCCUCUGGUGCAGGAUAUUCAGCUCAAGUCCCUCCUGGCAGCUUUGGCAUUCACGCAGGCCGAGUUUGUGGACUUCUGCAUCCUGGCCGGAUGCGACUACUUGACGACCAUCUCCAAGGUGGGCAUCGUCACGGCGCGGAAGCUGAUGCAGGAGCAUCGCUCGAUCGAGGCAAUCCUGGAGAAGCUCGAUCGCAAGAAGUACGCGGUGCCCGAGGACUGGAACUAUCAGGCCGCCAGGUCAUGCUUCGGAAGCAGCUCCAUGAAGGAUGUGAACAUCGCGACUUUACAGGAGACUGCCGUACAAGCUGGACCUCUUCGCAAGCUGCUGAUCGAAAGGUACAACUUGGCACAAGACUUGGUCGAUGAUUGCAUGCGCCGUCUCAUGGCAGUGAAGCCGCCACCAUUGCCCCCACGACCCACGGUGACGAGGGCACCGAACAGGAGUGGCACAGCGCAGCGUGGAGCAAACCAGCGACGUCCAGCCACACCUCAAGGCCCAGGGGCCAAGCAUGCGCUGCAGACAGCCUUCCAACAGGUUCGCACGAAGGACUCCAAGUCCUACACCGCUGCAUGGGUGGGCGACAUGCUCGUGCGAGCUGGCGAAGGGGACAUCUACCACGUACACCGGGAGCAGAAGAAAAGGGAGUAUGCUGAGGCCUUCGAGCGCUAUGUGGGCGUGGCUCUGAAGAACAACCCUGGCCCCAGCACAUUGACAGAUCAGGAAGCGACUCUUGAGACUCAAGCUGCGCAGCCUGUCCAAGCUCAGGGAAAGCGCAAGUCCCUGAACGAAGCGUCACCGUUGAAAAGGCGGCGCGUCUCCGCAGUGAUGGCAUUGAAGGGCCUGCUAGGUGCCGACAUCGUUCUGUCGGAUGAGAUGCCGAUUGACCAGCUGGAGUGUCUUCGACAGCAGAUGGAACAGGACCUCGGUGAUGUCCACACGAUCGACUGA